AGACAACAGUUUUAUUUGAAAACUUUAACAAACCACACAAAAUCACCAUGAAAUUCUUCGUCGUAUUUGCCUGCGUUUUGGCUGUUGUUGCCGCCUUUGAAGAUGCUAAAGUACUCCGUAGUGAUGCUGAAGUCAAUGUUGACAACUUCAAAUAUGCUUAUGAAUUCGACAACAGCAUUAAGGCUGAACAAGCUGGUCAAUUGAAGGGUGAAGAUGUCUGGGAAGUUAAGGGACAAUACUCUUACACCUCCCCCGAAGGCGAACAAGUUUCUUUGCAAUACACCGCUGAUGAAAACGGUUACCAUGUUGAUGCCGCCAACCCCUUGUUGCCCACUCCCCCACCAAUCCCAGAACACAUCCUUAAGGCUAUUGAAUACAUCAAGGCUCACCCCUCCAAGGAACAAUAAGCGAAGUCCUUAAUACUUUUGUUAUUUGUUAAAAAUCAUGGUUGAAAUAAAUGUUUUGUUAAAAAAUAGUUAAAGAAAAAA